CUCUCUCAAGAAAGUUGAAUCGAUGUAUAUCAAUUAUAAAAUUUUUUGCUACUUCAUUAAUUUGAAAUAUUGUGUAAAAUAAUUAGUUGUGAUGAGAUGGUAAAGGAAGGGAUACAGAAUAGAAAUCCAAACACUUUCUUAAAUCUUCAAACCUGGAAAGCUAAGAAGACUAGCUUGGGAGAGAGUUGAACCUCUUUGCUGGGCUAUAAAACUAUUUCCAUAUUCUCUUUGCCAUAAGCAUUAAUCCCACCAUAGAGAGAGAGAGAGAGAGAGAGAAUGGCUUCCAGAUCCAUGUUAGAGAAGCCUCAUGCAGUUUGUAUACCAUUCCCAGCUCAAGGCCACAUCAACCCCAUGCUAAAACUAGCCAAACUCCUCCAUUACAAAGGCUUCCAUAUAACCUUUGUGAACACAGAGUUCAACCACAAACGCCUCCUCAAAUCCCAAGGCCCUGACUCACUCAACGGCCUCCCCUCCUUCCGCUUUGAGACCAUACCUGACGGCCUCCAGGAAUCCGAUUCCGAAGCCACCCAAGACAUCCCCUCCCUCUGUGAGUCCACCUCCAAACACUGCUUAGCUCCCUUUAAAGACCUCAUCUCCAAACUCAAUGACAAUGUUGGAUUGAACGUCCCACCGGUCACUUGCAUAGUCUCUGACUCCUCCAUGUUCUUCACAUUCACCGCUGCUGAAGAACUAGGCAUCCCCCAUGUUUUUUUGUGGACAGCCAGUGCUUGUAGUUUCAUGGGUUACCUUCAAUACUGCAAUCUAAUCGACAAGGGUAUCAUACCACUCAAAGACCCGAGCUAUCUCACAAAUGGGUAUUUGGAUAUGGUUAUAGAUUGGAUACCUGGUAUGCAAGGUAUACGUCUUAAGGAUUUCCCAACCUUUAUUCGAUCCACUGACCAUAAUGAUGUCAUGCUGAAAUUUGUGUUGGAUGGAACUGAGAUCGCUCUUAAAGCUUCUGCAAUUAUUUAUAAUACAAUUGAGGAAUUGGAGCAUGAAGUUUUGGACGCACUUUCAUCCAUGUCCCCUCCAAUUUACACAAUUGGACCUUUACACUUACUUGCAAAUCAGAUCAAGGAUGAUAGUUUGAAGUCCAUGGGAUCAAAUCUGUGGAGAGAAGCACCUGAGUGCAUAGAAUGGCUCAACUCUAAAGAACCUAACUCUGUUGUUUAUGUGAACUAUGGAAGCAUAACUGUAAUGACAGCAAAUCAACUGGCUGAAUUUGCUUGGGGACUUGCUAAUAGCAACCAGACCUUUCUGUGGAUAAUAAGGCCUGAUCUUGUUGCCGGUGACUCAGCAGUUCUUCCACCGGAGUUUGUGACUGAGACCAAAGAAAGAGGCCUACUUGCAAGUUGGUGCCCACAAGAGCAAGUUAUCGCCCACCCGUCUAUCGGAGGUUUUUUAACUCACUGUGGGUGGAACUCCACUCUUGAAAGCAUUUCCAGUGGAGUGCCAAUGAUCUGUUGGCCAUUUUUUGGAGAUCAACAAACCAACUGUUGGUACUGCUGCACUAAGUGGGGAAUUGGGGUAGAGAUAGACAAUGAUGUUAAGAGAGAUGAAGUUGAGAAGCUUGUGAGAGAGUUGGUGGCUGGAAACAAGGGCAAGGAGAUGAAGAAAAGGGCCAUGGAAUGGAGGAAAAUGGCCGAAGAAGCCACUGCAAGUUCAUCUGCUUCAUCUUUUUUGAAUCUAGAGAAAAUGAUUAAGCAAGUGCUUCUCCCUCCAAGACAAUAGAGUAAUUGGAAUGAACCUAGUUUACAACUAUGUUUUGUCGAUCCCAUUUCAAUAUGUUGUGUUGUUUUGGGAUGGGUUGUUUAAGGGUUAUUGUUUGUUAUUGGCAUUGAAUUUAAAAAUAAAAGGGUAAAUUACACUUUGCACUAAAUUUCACUUUUGCCCCUACACAUAAAAUCAUGACAGUCAACCCCUACACUUCUGAUCCCUACACAUGAAAUUGUGACAGUCAAUCCCUUGUACUUUUAGUAAAAUCUCACUUUGGUCCCUACACAAGUGUCAAUGUCCGUUUUUUGUUACUCAAUUGUUUAAAUUUUUAACAAAAUCUAAUCAUGUGAUAAGAAUGUGACUACGACAUGAGAGUAAAAAAGGAAAAUCAUCUAUAUUUUCCACCAAUACACACUUUAUCCCAAAAUUACAUUAAAAUAUAACUGUAUUAGGCUAAAACAAAAUGCAGAUUGUGAACAAUUAAGAAGAUAAACUAAGGUUUUGCAUAAAUUGGAAUCACGAAACUCUAUUUUUCACAGUAACACAGUCUUUUGUCUAUUCAUCAUUCUUUUUCUUUGAUUUCUUUGUUGCAUUUUUUUUAUUUCAAAAGCUCUACUUGCCUUUUCGUACCAACUUUUACCAUACGAACAUAUUUACUGUAUUAUAUUUCUUUCAUGUGCUUAUCAUGUAGGACAAAGUGUAUUGGUAGGAAACAUGAAUGAUGUUCCUCUUUUAUCCUCAUUUUGUAGUCAGAUUUUUGUCACAUGACUGGGUUUUGUUAAAGAUUUAAAAAUGAAAUAAUAAAAGAGGAACAAUAACACUUGUGUAGGGACUAAAGUGAGAUUUGAGUAAAUGUGCAGGGGGUUGACUAUCACAAUUUCAUAUGUAGGGACUAAAGAGGGAUUUGACCAAAAGUGCAAGGGGUUUACUACUAUGAUUUCAUGUGUAGGGGCCAAAGUGAGAUUUGGUGCAAAGUACAAAGGUGCAAAGUGUAAUUUACCCAAAAUAAAAAAAUAAAAUGCUAUAUGCCACUGUUCAACUUAUCGAGUCGGAUUAUCAAUUCUCAAACUCUUUUAUCUUCAAAUCUUUGUCUGUUAUAAUUUUAAUCAUACAA